ACCUAGUUUCCAGAUUUCAGCCAACUUCGAAGGGAAUACAGGGACGAUUCACUUCAAGCAUCCAGUAAAUUAUCAGAGAAUCGAAGCAGGGACGAUACACGGUAGCGCUAUCAUUUAUCACGCCAUGGCUGAGCACCGUCAACAGGAGCCAAAUCCAGAUGGAACCCUGUAAUUUUGACACCAUCAAAUCAUCCCACUUUCACAGACAGAGCCCCAAGUCCCAGAAACCUCUUCCAAAAAUACUCAAAAGGGAAGUGAUGAUAUUGAUCUUAAUGCUCUAGAUUGAGAUCCUGGGCUUUUAAAAAUUACUUGGGUUCAUUCAACUCCAUCUUACUGAAGCGUAUUAGUUUUUGAGAACACAGACUGCAAAGUGUAGGCUAAAGGUGCAAUUGGGAAAGAUGCGGUUACUGGCCCGUGCAAUAUCUCAAUUGUCUGCUAAUUCAAGGGCCGCACAGUUGAAAAACGCCACAAAUUCAGUAGCUUAUAAUUUUCUUUUGAGCAAUCGGUUUCUGUCAUCUAGCUCCACUAAAGGGGGAAAUGAAGGUGAUAUCGAUUGGGGAUCUGAAACUACAUGGUCAAGCACAUUUACAAAAGAGCAUUUUGACGGGGAGGUUGUAGGCCAAAAAAAUGGUGGUGGUGACCAAAAAAUUGGUGGAGCUGAUGGCGGUGUUGGUGGGGGCGUUGAUAGAGGAGGAGUGGCGUUGGGUUCAUCUCAAACUGCAUCUGCAAGUUGGGAGGAAGAUGAAAAGAUAAAGAGAUUGGCAGCUGAAGCUUCUCGGAAAGCUAAUGAGUUUGCAAAUGGAUGGAAGGAGAGGAUGCGUGAAACCAACAUAUUGAUGAAGCAGGUGAUUGAGCCCGGAGCAAGAGGGGCAUAUCUGAAGGACUCGGAGAAGGCUGAAAUGUAUCGACUUCAUAAGGAGAACCCGGAAGUUUAUACUGUAGAGAAGUUGGCAAAAGACUACAGAAUUAUGAGGCAGAGGGUACAUGCUAUUUUAUGGCUCAAGGAAGAUGAAGAGAAAAUGGAGAAAAAGCUUGGGCAUCCUCUGGAUGAUUCUGUGGAGCAGUUGCUUGACAAGUUCCCUGAAUUCUUUGAUUGGCAUGAUAGGGAAUUUCAUGUUGCCACUCUACCAUACAAGCCAGAUUUCAAAGUCAUGCCCGAGGGUUGGGAUGGCACCAUCAAGGACCAAGAUGAGGUGCUGUAUGAGAUAUCAAUGAAAGAAGAUGAGAUCUUAUAUCAGGAGUUCCUUGAGAAGUUCAACUUUAACAAGAUGAAGAUUGCUGGACAAGUGAAAGUCCAUAAAUACAGCAGGAGGCGUCCAUCAGAGGGAUGGGAAAUCACGAUUGAAAAAAUGGGUCCUCGUGGGAAACGUGGGGAUGGUGGUGGCUGGAAGUUCAAGAGUGUGGCAGACGGAUCAACCAGACCUCUCAACGACUACGAGAAGAUGUUUGUAAAGCGAGAGAAACCUCGCAGGCGACGCAAGAUCCUCCAUCCGAAGUAAAGAGAAACAAGCGGUCGUAGUUUUUAUUUGUUGAUGAAGAAUUUGGUCCCUUCUGUUCCUGUCAAAUGUAGUAGCAAACUUUUGUUAGUUCUAUAUAAAUUUUAUGCCAAGGCUGAAGACAUUUUGAGCAAAACCAUGUUAUAUGCCAUAAAUUGAAAUGGAAACCAUAUCAUGUUGUUG